AUGCCAACAGCUGAGGGUGACGUACAAAAGACGGAAAUUAACGCUGCUCAGUUCCUUGUUGCUUCCGGUUCACAGGACCGCCACAUCCGUGUUUGGCACAUACAGCUCACUGAUAAACAAGGUCUUUCUCCUACCGCAGCGAAGGAAAAGGGCACGGAACUCACAGUGCCCCCUGCCUACGCAUCCUACGGCCUCUUCGCCCGCCUGGAGUGCGUGCUGUCUGGCCAUGAUCACUGGGUGACGGGAGUGGCGUGGACACCCCAGCCACUGACUGUUGAUUCCCGUCCUCUUCUCCUCUCAGCCAGUAUGGACAAGUCAGUUGUUGUAUGGGAGCCUUCACACCCCCCUCUGCUAACAACAGCGGACAACGUGUCGAAGGACUCGUCUACUCCGGACCUUUGGUUAGAGAAACAACGCUAUGGAACUGUUGGUGGUAACCAGCUAGGAUUUCUCGACUGUGCCUGGGGCAAUAGUGGCUGGGCCGUCUAUGGUCAUGGUUUUCAGGGCAACCUCUCCUCGUGGUCUUUCAACGAAACAGGCAGUGGAACUGCUCAGUGUUCUUUGACUGGCCAUGCCGGACCCAUAACCGACCUUGCCUGGUCCCCCAGCAAUCUCGGCAAGGACUCAAAAAUCCCACUUGCUGUUGAUGGCUAUGAUAUUGAGUAUCCUUUCUAUCUCCUCACCGCCAGCAAGGACCAGAGUGUACGCUUACAUGGACUGUUUCGAACCGAUGGUUCUGGUUGUAAUCCGCCUGGGGCUAUUCAGGCCGCUCUCGGCUUGUCGAACCAGGCCACUCAGGCUUUCGCUGCGGACGACGAGGACGAUGAACUAGGCACCGCUAACGCCCUGGAGCCGAAUGAAUCUGGAGCCCCUGACAUCGGGGAUCCACUCUAUCCCCCUGCGGAGGAGGGCUUGGCGCAAUCAACUCUCUGGGCAGAAAUCCGGAAGCUUUAUGGACACAGUUACGAGGUUUUCUGUCUGGCUGCCCAUCCCAAGGGCAUUCUCGUUGCUUCAGCCUGCAAGUCCUCGAAACAGGACUCUGCGAGCAUCUUCCUUUGGCGCGCCAGUGACUGGACCAUACAUCAGGUUUGUGUCUGCUUGCUUCCGCGUUUGCUCAAUGGUCCGGAGCUUGUCCACCAGUCGUAUUUUAGUAAAACAGACUUGCAGACUUCAGCAAAAAUGGUAAAAAUGACUUAA